AUACAGACUGUGUCGUGUCCAAACUUAUGCCUGAAGCUCUACUUCUUCUACGCUGGCCCCUUCGUGUUAAUGUCUCAGUGUUGACUUCUUCGUAAAUCCAGCUCCGGGAUAGUGUGCCUCCACUGACCUUGUCCAUCGCAAGCAUGUCAUGACGUCCUAUGCCUUAGUUCCGGUGCAGAGGCACAGCAUCCAUCUCAUUUGUCAAACCAUCCUCUAGAAAAGGUACCACGCGGGCACCGUCCUGCAAGUGAUCCUUCAUGCUGAACCCUGCCUCUCUUCUCAGGCGCUCUGCGUGCGCUGCACUGAGCCCAACACCGCGGAUUUUCAUUGUCGGUAGAAAUUUCAGCAAAGGCCUGCGGCAAUCGUCCACAGGACCCAAUCCGAAGAAAGAGCAAGAUGGCUCGACGUCCUCGCAGGGAAACCCUCCACCGAAAAGCCCGUCGAUGGAGGAACUCCUAGCCAACACAAAUCCUCAAGACAAUUCUCUCCUGGCCCCCGUACACAUAGCGGAAGAUGCAAACGCUAUCCUCAAGUCCGAUCACCCUGCCGCCGACAUCCUAUCUCAGUCAGGCAUAGUUGUUCAGCGACAACUGGAAAUGAUGAACGUCUUGAUCGGCUUCGAGCAAGCCAAUCGAUAUGUCAUACUUGAUCCCCACGGGAAUCACAUUGGGUACAUGGCCGAGCAUGAGGGUGGCAUAGGGUACACUAUGAGGAGGCAAUUCUUCGCAACACAUCGGGCGUUCACCACCCACGUCUUCAAUCGUCAGUCGCGGGAGGUGCUGAGGUUCCAUCGCCCAUUUUCGUGGAUCAACACUCGCAUUCGGGUCUACGACCCCUGGGACACGCCUUCCGAGACCCAGAGAUCCUCUUCCACGAUGCUAACUUCACAAAAUGCCGAUUCGAUAGACCAGCCACAAAUAUCUCCUCUUCCCCUGGAAUCAAUGCGCAUCAUUGGCGAGACACAUUCACAGUGGGCGCCACUACGCCGUAAAUACGAUCUCUUUCUUUCCCACGACCUCGCCUUGAAUGACCCUGGCCCAGAUGCGAUCUCAAGGAGGAGAGGUGAGGAACUGUCGAGCCUGCAGCAGAGCCAAAUUGCAGAAAAUACCAGGUCUCGUUCGACCACAGACUUUACCCAAUUCGCCGCAGUCAAUGAGCCCUUCUUAUCUUGGGACUUCUCUCUGCUGGAUCAAAACAACCAGAAGAUCGGAUCGGUUAAUCGCGAAUUCCGGGGAUUUGGACGAGAAAUCUUCACAGAUACUGGAAGCUACGUUUUACGGAUGGAUGCGGCUGGGACGCCAGAGCCAGCAGACAAGCAGGGUGACCGUGGCUAUGCAGAGGCAUUGGGGGGGAGAGAAGGCAACUACGGGAUGACGCUUGAUCAAAGAGCCGUGAUGCUCGCCACCGCCGUGACGAUCGAUUAUGACUACUUCUCUCGGCAUAGCGGAGGGCAUGGAUUCUUCCCCAUCUGGCUUGGAGGUGGUGCCGGAGAAGCGGCUGGCGGCGCUGCUGGAGCUGGGGCAGCCGGGGCCGGAGAGGCUGGAGCUAUUGGAGCUGCUGGAGCUGCCGAGGCUGGCGGUGCUGUUGUCGGAGGAGCUGGUCGAGCAGUUGGAUCGGCUGCAGGCGGAGCAGCAGGGAUGGGUGAAGGUGCUAUUGCGGGCGCCGGGACGAUGGCAGGUUACGAAGCAAUGCAACGGGGAAUGGGACGAAGGUCCGAGCCCGCAGCCGAUGAGGACAAUCCUCAGCAACGACCGUCUCCGGAUCAGCCCUCUGGCCAACCAUUCGAUACUGACUUUCCGCAAAGCGGUUCUGACGAGCCGCAUCAAGGUGAAGAUAUCUGGGGGUCAGAAGACUCGGAUCCUUUUAAAGACGGACCUCAAGGAGGAGGGUCUGGAGCAGGGGAAGGCGGAGGUGGCGGCUGGUUCUCAGACUUGUGGGAUUCUUUCUGGGGCAGCUGAAAUGUUCGGGAUGCGCUCCCGCAAGCAAUCUACGUUUGGGUGGGUGACAAGGCUUGGGAGUUAGGUGAGCGGGCACAGGGAAGACAAAAGGCAUUCAGGUGAGUGAUGAUGGAAAAUUGAUGACCUGUUUUAUAUGACCACAAGAUCUGUUUCGAGGUCAAAUGUAUAUCGAGCAGCACCGACCACGCACUCGACUCAUUCAAAAAUCUACUAUCUAUAACCCUGCAAAUGGAGUCCUCGAACCCAGACAAUAGAGCAC